AAUAAUGACGUAUUUCCGGUUCGUUCAAGGCGCAAUGGCGGCUCAAGCGAGCGAGCUUGAAAUUGCGAAGAAAAAUUUAACGGAUGCGGUCGGGGAUAACGUGAAGCAUUACUGGGCAAACCUGAAGUUGUGGUUCAAACAAAAGAUCAGCAAAGAGGAGUUUGACAUUGAAGCACGUCGACUUUUACCACAAGAAAAUAUGCACGUUCACAAUGACUUCCUCUUGGCCAUCCUCACACGGUGUCAGAUCAUUGUUUCCACACCAGAGGGCGCUGGACAACUACAGUGGCAAGGGAGCUGUGCCUCGAAGCCUGGCAAACCAAAGGGGAAAAAGAAAUGUUCCUCUAGACAAAAAUUUGAUCAUCGCUUCCAGCCUCAGAACCCUCUCAGUGCUGCGCAGUCGUUCAGCCCCCGAGAGGUGGCGGGUGAGGAAGAGGAGCUGCGCCUCAGUGCCCACACCCUGCUGCUGCCCACGCAGGGCCAGCUAGAAGCCCGCAUGAUGGUCACUGCCUUUGAGCUGGGUCUGGAUAACGUCACUGAAGAUGCUGUCAGCUCCAUGAGCUAUGCUGUGGAGCACCAUUUGAAAGAUGUGCUGACUGCUGUAAUCACUCGGAGGAAGGCGUAUCGAUUACGAGACGACCAUUUCCCUUACGCCUUCGGCAGCGACAUUACGCCUCAGCCUUACCUUAAGAACAGCCUGGCAGCCUACCACGGCAUCAAUGAAUGUCCCCCUCCAAGUGCUUCUCUCCCUGCCUGCCCACCACCACAGGUGUUGCCUGAUGAGGCUGAGCAGAAAGCUGUUCAUUUGCUGGCUUGUUCCUCUGACACUCUUCCUGCACCCCUUCCCCCGAUCAACAUGUUUGACCUUCUGGAAGCAUUAAAGGUUUAUCGAGGCGUAAUGCCCUCCCACACCAUGUUCUCCCUCAACAUGGAGCGCAUCCUGUCUCGCCUCUGGCACCCGAGCCAUGAAGAACUGGAGCAGGACCACGUCCACAGACAGCGGCUGACAGCUAAAGAGGGUGUGCUGGUCAGCUGAGAACCGUAAACCACAAAACUAUUAAUAACUGAAUCAGAUCUAUUCAAGUUCAACUCUGGGUGUGCGUCUCACUCAGGCUCACCAGUUCAGCUUCUUAUUCCAAGGAAGAGCCGUGCAAACCAGCUGGUGUCUUUUACAGAUCUGGAAAUACUGACUGGUAAAAAUAUCAUCAUAAAGCUAAAUUAUUUACAACUUUGUGUUCGUUUGGACCAAGUUUGCAUCUGACCGAACACACUUCCUCAAAUAUUUCAACAAGGUAAAUCACAGGAAGUUUUCCUUUCUGCUUGUGUUGUAUUGAUGAUGUUUCGCUGAUCUGGACUGGUUCAUUAGUUACCUUUACGUGUUGCUUAAAGUGUAAAUAAUUUAUUAUUUUGUAAAUAAAGUUUAAUUUUCUUGGA